UGGCCGCGAGCGACCUAGCCUGGAGCCAGCGUCUGGAAGGUGGAGCGUGGAGGAGUUCCUCUCUGCUGCAAAGACCUGAGUUGCAACUUGGGGUUUGGAGGGACUAAGAAUGGACACCCAGAAAGAUGUUCAGCCUCCAAAGCAGCAACCGAUGAUCUACAUCUGUGGAGAGUGUCACACAGAAAAUGAAAUAAAGUCCAGGGAUCCAAUCAGAUGCAGAGAAUGUGGAUACAGAAUUAUGUACAAGAAAAGGACUAAACGAUUGGUGGUUUUUGAUGCUCGAUGAAACAUGGGAUUUAGAGGAUUAUCUUCAUUUACAUUUGAAUUUGCUGUUUUUAUCACAGUGUUAUAUAGUUUGUAGUUAAUAUACUUACUGUUAUGAACAGAAUUAUGAUUUUGUUUAUUUCCCUUAUAAAGACAUGUAAUCUUUAUAAAUAUAUUAGUCCUUUGAAUAAAGGAAUUAUUUUUGUUGGAAAAAAAAAAAAAAGAAA